GCUUCCUAUUCUAGAAUAACUAAGAAGAAAAAUGCAGGUGAUUAAUAUACAGCAUUUCAUAGCCUCUUCACGGUAAAGGAAAAACGACUUCAGAAAUACCACCUCGCACUUAAUAAAUCUCAAGGUCACUGUACAAGUCAGGUGUCUGUUUUACAAUUGAGGUAAGUAAGCAUAAGGGUAAGUAACUUACCCUGUAACAAGUCAGAAUGGGAAGAACCAUGAAUCCCUUCUCUCAGUCUUAAACUAAUCCAUUCUAUCUUGGCCCUGUAACCAUUCAGUUGAACUUUAUGGCUUACACCCCCCGGUUUAUUCAUUCAUAUUUAUUAUGCCCCAGGUUUAUUCAGCAUUCAAUAAAUGAUGACUGUUUUCCUUCCUCAGGCUUAAAUUAAAGGCAACAUGUUCCCUAAAUGAAGCAUUUGCACUGUGCCCUGUUGUCCUGUAGGAGGGCAAAAAGCCUGAAAACCCUGCAUUGUGGUGGGUAAGCGGUGACGGAGAAGAAGUGAAGUGGAGCUUUGAAGAGCUGGGAGUCCUGUCCAGGCAAGCGGCUAAUGUACUGUCUGGUGCCUGUGGUCUGCAACCGGGAGACAGAGUUAUUUGGAUUCUGCCCAGGAUCCCGGAGUGGUGGCUGCUGAAUGUGGCUUGCAUGCGAACAGGAACUGUCCCGAUUCCUGGCAGGCAGCAGCUGACAGCAAAGGACAUUCUCCAUGGACUACAGAAAUCAAAGGCAAAGUGUGUCAUCACUGAUGGUUCUGUGGCACCAGCUGUGGACUCAGGUGGGCCUGAAUGGCAGUCUCUGAAAGCCAAGCUGCUUGUAUCAGAGGGCCACAGAGAAGGAUGGCUGAACUUCAGAGAGCUCCUGAAGCAUGCUCCUUCUGAUCACCACUGCGUGACCACAAAGCGUCAAGACCCGAUGGCCAUCUAUUUUACCAGUGGAACUACGGGGGCUCCAAAAAGGACUGCACAUUCCCACAGCAGCUAUGGCAUUGGCCUCACAGUAAGUGGAAGGUACUGGCUGGACUUGACUCCUUCAGAUAUAUUUUGGAAUACAUCAGACACGGGCUGGGCAAAGUCAGGUUGGAGCAGCAUUUUUUCCCCAUGGAUUCAAGGGGCCUGUGUCUUUGCACAGAAGAUGCCCCGCUUCGACCCAAGCAUUGUCUUUGAGAGUCUGUCAAGAUUUCCCAUAACAGUCUUCUGUUCUGCUCCAACUGCCUAUCGAAUGUUGGUGCAACAUAGACUGUCCAGCUACAAAUUCAGAAGCCUGCGGCACUGUGUGAGUGCCGGGGAGCCAAUCAACCCUGAAGUGAUGGGAGAAUGGGAAGAGCACACUGGGCUGGAUAUUCACGAAGGCUACGGACAGGCAGAAACCGUAUGUUCAGACACUUUGCAGCUACAGCAAUAAAUUCCAUUAGGGUUGCCAAGAAAAUGUGAA